UGUUAUGUAAUUGGUCAAAAAAUAAAGUCUGCUCUUUGUCCACACUUGGUCCAUAACUGCUUUUAUCUUCAAUCUCGAAAACAGACUUAUAAUAAUUACCUUUUUAGUUUAAAAAAAAAAUAAAAAUAGCUACAUAUUCACUAUGUAUAAAUCAUGACAAAAUAUUUUCCAUACAUUUUAAAUAAUGUAGGCCGACAUCAAGUAGUUGAGUUAUAUCUAAAGGCAUCUAACGGCAGUAAAUUGCCUGAAAGUAAAGUAAAUAAUAAAUAAGUAAAUGAAGAAUACAGAAAAGACAACUCACACCCUCACAGCACAGAAACAAAGAAGCAUGAAAUCAUUAAUAUUUAUGAAAUAUGUAAAUUUAAAAAUUUGGUGGAUUAGGUAAGCAUUAUCAAUUUUGGCUGUUCAGUUACAAACAAUAACCUGAAAGGUCUUCUCUAAAAAGGUUCAUGGAAUAUAUCGAUCAAAUUAUUAACAGUGAUUGAACAUUUUCAAUGAGGUAAAUGCAUCUCUAACGUCACAUUAAGUUUGUGAUGCUUGCCAGCAAAUCGGAUAGUUUCUAGUAACAAUGUUGAAUAACCAAGCAAGGAAGAUGCGUCUGUCAGUUCAUAUUCUGGUUAUUUAUUUGAUGUUGAAGACUACCUCUGGAGAAGGUGUUUGCAGUAAAUAUGCUGGUUUCAUUGCUGAAAAUAGAAUAGAAAACAUUAAAUUCACAUCAUCCUCGCAAGCUUCAGAGGAAACGGGACCAAGUAAAGUGCUCCUGAAUGGACCUAGCUUCUGGAUGAGAGGGAGUGACGACGAAUACCCGUGGAUUCAGAUUGACUUAGUCUUAGAUGUGUCUGUUUUUGGUGUAAUUACUCAGGGUGGGAGUGCAUCUGCCUCUUGGAUUAGUAAAUUUAGUAUUCAAUGCAUAACAGAAGAUAAGAGAGUUGAAGAAGCCAAGAACGUGAAUGGUAACAAGAUAUUUUCUGCAAACUCAUUGGGUGAAGACGAAUAUGUUAUAAAUAUGUUUUCCUCAUCUGUUAGAGGGCGCUAUAUGAGGCUGAAUGCAAUUGCUUGUCAAAAUGAUUGUACAUUGAGAUUAGAACUCAUCGUUUGCUCAAAAUACGCAGACAUGGAUAGAGAUAACACAAAAGAUGAAAUUUCUAUACCUACUGAACAAUUAAACAGAAAGAUGUUCUCACGUGUAAUUCGACUACGUCGAAAUUCCGGCUCUGAUAUUACAAAUGGAACUAUCAAAACUGAAGAUAGUUCGAUGUUAAACUCAACUGAAGAUCCGUGGUUUUGGAACAUAACUGAAAAACUACACAUAAUUACCCUUAAUUCAACUAUGGACUUACCUGUUACAGGGGAAACAAACUUAACGACGCCGCAGAACUUUACUACGGCUGAUACAACUAUCACUUCUGACAGACAAUCAACCGUAACGGAAGUACAACCAUCAGAAACAAGUGAUGAUAAUGCAGCAACAAUAACUGAUGUCCAUGCUACAAAUGAAAACGGUGCCACAGCUGUAGAUGGUGCCACACCAGAUGUACAACCAUCAGAACCAAGUAACGAUAAUACAGCAGAAACAACUGAUGUACAUGCUACAGAGGUGAAUGUUUUCACUGUCGACGAAAUGGCAUCAGGAUCAAGUACGGAUUCAAGUAACGAUAAUACUGAGGCAAUUACAGAUUCCCAUACUAUAAUUAACGAUAAUGGUGAAAUAUCCGACGUACAUCCAUCAGAAUCAAGCAAUGAUAACACAGCAGCAACCCCUGAUACAUUUGCUUCAAAUAUAAAUAGUGCCACAGUUGACGAAAUGUCAUCAGGAUCAAGUUAUGAAAAUACAGUUACAAAUGAAAAUGGUGGUAUGACCGAUAUACAUCCAUCAGAAGCAAGCGAUGAUAAUAUAGCAGAAACAGUAAAUACACAUGCUACAAAUGAGAAUGUUGUCACAGUCGACGAAAUGGUAUCUGGAUCGAGUAACUAUUAUACGGAAGAAAUAACAAACUCCUAUGCUACAUAUAUGAAUGAUGGCAUAACUGAAGUACAGCCUUCAGAAGCAAGCAAUGAUAAUACGGCAGCAACCUCAGAUACAUAUGCUACAAAUAUAAAUGUUGUCACAGUCGACGAAAUGUCAUCAAGAUCGAGUGAUGAUAAUACAGAAGUAAUAACAGACUCCUAUGCUACAAAUGCGAAUGAUGGCAUAACCGAAACACAGCCUUCAGAAGCAAGCAAUGAUAAUACAGCAGCAACAUUACAUAUUCAAUCUACAAAUGAGAAUGAUGUCACAGGUGACGGAAUGGUAUCAGGAUCGAGUGAUGAUAAUACAGAAGCAAUAACGGACUCCUAUGCUACAAAUGCAAAUGAUGGCAUAACCGAAGCACAGCCUUCUGAAGCAAGCAAUGAUAAUACAGCAGCAACAUUAGAUAUUCAAGCUACAAAUGAGAAUGGUGUCACAGGGGACGGAAUGAUGUCAACUGUAACAAAUCUAACCCAGGACAGUGUACUUUCCGUAUCUGCCGAGUAUUUGAAUGAAAAUGACGGUAACCAGCUAGGCAAAGAUGACGUUGAAAUGCUCGUGUCUGCAUUACAAGAUAUUGCAUCGUUUGAUCAAGGAGGGAGUGAAGAUGAUAUCAGAAUUAGAGCUAAGAAUGUAAGAGAUGUUGCAGAGAAUUUGUUCAGUCCUAUUCAAAAUCUGGAUGAAGAUGUAGCAUUAGGAGUUGCUGUCUCCAUGGAAACCAUCCUCGUCAAAUCUGCUGGAAGCUUACCGCCCGGAAGCAAUUUCACUCUGCACUCUGAAAAUACAGCGGUUAAUAUUAUGAACAUAGACUCUGCUGCUGAUGCUCAGUUAUUGGUUUUCAAUUUCUUUAAUUCUGACUCGAAUAUUUCAUCAACAAUCGACGAAAGCAAGAAAAGCUCAGUAAACUCUUUGGGUUAUAUGAAGGUCGCAGAGUCAGCUUUAGACGGGGUUACAAGCCAAAUUGGGUUGUCAGUAAUUUAUUACGACAAGUCUGUAUUCGAUUCAACGCAGUCAAGAAAUAAAAAAGAAAUCAAAAGUGAAACGGAAAUAUUGGCAAGUGGGGUUAUUUCUUGCUCUGUAUUCACCAACUCUGAAAUUCAGUCAGUUGCUGUUGAAUUUGCCUUGGAAUAUGACACUAUUCUAUCUCAGGAAAGUGAAGAAGAAGAUGGCAUUCGAGAAGAAAAAACUACUACCUGUUCGUUUUGGGAUACAUAUUCGGAAACUUGGUCCACAAAAGGAUGUGAAGUUACUCUUGAGAGCAACAGCUUAAUGCAGUGCGCGUGUGAUCAUACAACUAACUUUGGAAUUGUAGUACAGGUUGAACAGUUACCUAGCACUAUUGAUUUGGCAACUAUUGUGUAUGUCUUCAUCAUAAUUGGGCUUAUAUUGCUUUUCAUUGCACUCUUCAUCAUUCUAUGGGUCACGUUUUACACCCGUGAGUCGUGGCUCAUUGUCCACGCCAAUCUUAUUCUCUCGCUUUUGUUAGCGUUUAUAACAUUCUUAGCCGGCAUCGAAGAUACGCACACGAUUAGUGGAUGUAGAGCAACUGCAAUUUUCCUCCACUUUUUCCUGCUGGUAUUUUUCAUGUGGAUUCUUUUGGAGGGAAUUUAUCUUCAUUUCACAAUGAUAACACCCUUUCCUCAAAGUCGAAAGAUUCUCAUCGUUCACAUUGUGGCUGGAUGGUGCCUGCCUCUAGUGAUAACAUUUUUGUCAAUGGCUGGAUACUACGACGGAUACGGCACUGAAGAAGUAUGCUGGUUGUCUGCCGACAAAGGUUUCUUAGCAGCCUAUAUACUCCCAGUUGUCGUUAUUAUGCUUUGCUGUAUUAGUUGCCUAAUGUUCAUCAAUUACAACCAAAACAAGGGGAUAUAUAAAGCAAUCAACCACCAAGAGAUUUAUCUCGUAAUUACUCUACGAGAUAUAUGCGUCGUGUGUGUCUUGGCGGGUUGUACGUGGCUCUUUGGCGGACUGACCACCAAACAUAUUAACUCACUAGGCUAUCAACUAUUUUUUGCCAUCUUUGGAUUGAUCUUAUCAGUUUAUCUCUUAAUCUUUUUCGGCAUCAGGAACCAUUUGAGAGUUUUACCUCCGACUCGCCAGUCCCCUCUUUUAUGCUAUACUUCGGGUAAGACAAAAUAUUUUAUUGUGGAAAUCAAAUGGAUAGACAACUUUUGUCCGAACCGAUUUUGGCAUGCCAGGUCAAAGUAA